AUGCUGUACAACCGCGUACUACUUCGCAGGGAAAUUAAUGCACUGGUCAAGAACAAUAUGAGUAUUGUUGUUGCAGAUGGCGAAAAGGAAAUUUCAGAGCAGGCAAGCAUGACAGAUUCUUCCCAGAGCCCUGUUAUCCACAGUCCUUCAAGACCUCAGUCAACCAGUUCCAGAGAGUAUAGGUUCAAUGAAAGACAAGGGAAUUCGCAGACGGCUGACUCACUUCGGAGACAGGGAGGCCGAAGAAGAUCUCCUGAGACACUGGAAACUGAAGAUGCAUCUGAAAAUAAUAUGCAGGAAGACCCUUCUAAGACAAUUCUGCCCAACAUCCAUGAUAAUAAUACCCAUCCCCAAAACACUAUUGAUGGCACUGUUCGUGUGUAUGGAUAUGGAUUGCCAAUACUUCUGCUGGGGUUGUGGGCUCUUGCAACAUCCCUCCUAUAA